ACAGCAACACAGUCAACUUAACCAUCACCUCGAAGUAACACAUCAUGACUUCCAACAUCAUUCUCCUUCCUCUUACUAACUGGGUCCAACAACAUCUUACUGCCAUCUUCCAAACCACCAAAGCAGCGGACUUUAACUCUGCUUUCGAUGCCUUCAUCGCGAAGGACGCGACUAUCACGGUCAACGGGCAGAAGCUCACUCGUGACCAGUACAAGCAGCAAAUCCAGGGCGAGAAAUUCGCUGAGGCUUCCGCUCAAGUGAAGUUUAUUGGUACCGUUGAGGUUCCUGAUAGCGAAGACCAGCGUGUUAUCGCUGGUAAGGUCGGGACCUUCUUCCAGGCCACUAUCGAUGAGAGGUUCUUGGUUCUCGGUGCCCCAGAGACCAGCACUGUCACUUCUUCAUUGAACCUGUCUAUUGCGCCAGACAAAACCUUGGAACCGCCUCACCUUCCUGGUAGGGGUGGAGCAUUCGAUCCAAGGCGAGUCAUGCAUCUCGACCAGGUCACUUUGGACAAGCCAGGAUCAGUUCACAUCCCUCUCCCCAAUCCGAACCCGAAUGCCCCGGGGAGCUCUGCUUGAAUGAAGUCUUUAUGGAAGAGCGAGAGCUUCUAUACCUUCGACCGAAGAAGAAUGAUUGGAUCGCUUUUCACUCUACUUGUACUAUUCCCACAAGGACAUGCAUAUGAUUUGUAAUAGUAUAUGAUCCUUUUAUUAACUUCGUUUUGCUCCUCUGUCGAACAGUACGUACCAGUAAGAGAUAUAAUUUUGUGCCACGAUGCGUUGUAAUGGCCAUGGUGAAAGCACUGAUUUCAGCCUGCCUUAGGGAUUCGAGGA